UUAGCACUACCUCUUAACAUUUGUACUUCGCUGUAAAAACAUUUUUCACCACCAUUCUUAGCGCUCAUAGUCGAAUUUAAUUAUCAACUGGUAUGUGCCGGCCAAUUGUAUUUGGCGAAAACGUUGCGUGGCAUAUUCGUAGAGAAGGUGACGUUAUACCGCGAACAUCGUUUGCCACCACCCAAAGCCGAUAUGCAUAUCACCGUCACCAACCAGCCGAGCCUGCUUGAACUUAAAUCGAUGGAAAUUGCCGAACAAAUGACACUACUCGAUGCCGACCUCUUUCAGAAGAUCGAAAUACCCGAAGUAUUGCUCUUUGCCAAGGAGCAGAGUGAAGAGCGUUCGCCCAAUUUGAAUAAGUUCACCGAACACUUUAAUAAUAUGUCGUUUUGGGCACGUUCGAAAAUUCUCACAUUAACCGAUGCCAAAGAACGUGAAAAACAUGUUAUUAAAUUCAUCAAAAUUAUGAAAUAUUUGCGUAAAAUGAAUAAUUACAAUUCAUAUUUGGCUUUGCUGUCAGCGCUCGACUCGGCACCCAUACGGCGUUUGGAGUGGCCUAAGACUAUAAUGCAAGACAUCAAGGAAUACUGUCUGCUGAUCGACUCUAGUUCCAGUUUUCGCGCAUACCGCACUACUUUGGCUGCAACAAGUCCCCCUUGUAUUCCAUAUAUUGGUCUAGUCCUGCAAGACUUAACUUUCGUACAUGUUGGCAAUCCGGAUUACCUAAAAGAAGGCGUCGUCAACUUCUCCAAACGUUGGCAGCAAUAUAACCUUAUAGAGAAUAUGAAGCGUUUCAAAAAAUGUGAGUACAACUUUCGCCGCAACGAGCGCAUAAUACGUUUCUUCGAUAACUUUGAAUAUGAAUUGGGUGAGGAAGAGAUGUGGCAAAUAUCGGAGAGCAUAAAACCGCGCGGCAAGCGACCUGUACAAGCCUAAACUAAGCUUGAGCAGUGAAAGUUGUACAUUCACAUAUCCUGAAGGAAUACUCAAUUAUCAGCAGAAACAAAAAAUAAUAAAAGAUAAAUGCACGAAAUGUAAUAGAAUUACUUAUAUGCAAUCUACAUUCAUUCAGUGCUAACAAGAGAAUAGCAUUUAAUGAGAGUAAAAGCAGCAAUGGAGAGAAAAGUAAACAUAAACACAGCUAUUAAACUAUUAAAUAGUAAUAAAAGAAACAAAUAUUCCAAUGCACAGUUAUAUAGGUUGCACUUGCUAUCAAGAUAUAAAUAUAUAUAUAAACGGAUAGUGAUAAUCACCGCAACGCGCACUCAUUGAAUGCACAACUUAAUACCGACAUAAGCAAAAAUUAUAAACAUAUUUAAACCGAAAAUUGCACAUAAGUUCAAUUUGAAAAGUAGUAAAUUGCUUUAAAUUAACAAAAGCUUAUGAAAAAUGUAGCAAAAAAAACAAAACAUAAAAUCAGCUCAAAUGAUAGAGCAACCAAAUACCAAACCAAAAUCAACUUGCACCGACACAAACACAACGAAAUUUUAUUAUAUUAUAUUGUAUGUAUGCAUGUUUUUGUACACCUUAUCAGUUUUCCAUAUGUGAAAGAAUUUAACUGUCUCUUAAUAAUGUAAUGAGCAGCCAACAGUAACAGAACGCCGUGUUUCAUAUAAAAAGCAAUCAAGAAUUUUUUUAUAUAUAAAUUCAUGUAAAGUAACAAUAAAUCAACGAUAAAUUCAUAAACCGUCAAUAUGUAUGUGAGCAGAUGUCGAAACGAGCGCUUAGCGUAACAAAAAAAAACGAAUGAACUUUAAAAGUAACAAAAGAUGUUUUUAAGUUUUAUGCAACUUGUAUUUUCUCAAAACCAAAAAUAAUGUUUACCAUUGGAAUGCAAUGUUAGUGUGCUUGCAAUAUGAUUGAUUGCUUGCUGCUUGUUUUUCUCAGAACAAAAUGGAUUUUUGCAAAUGCUUUUAUGAUAAGUUUGUUUUUAACAAAAUAUUAAAGUGGCGCGCAUUUUUAAAUGUUAAACUCUUAUUUUUUAAACAACUAUACAUUUUUAAAACAAAAUAUAAUAUUAAAGCAGUCCUCAAUUAUAAAGCUCAUUACAAAAAUUCUUUAAAAGUUCUUGUAAUAAAAAGUCCAUUAGACUGCUUGCUAUUUCGUUAAUGAUUUGUUCUAUAAAAUCCUUUUUAAAUUGAAAUGUGUAAACAAUCAUUUUAUGCACUGAAUCUAUUGAAAAUGUAAUUUUAUUGUAAUCAAUUAUUGGAUACUUUGUAAAUAAUUAACUUACUUGCAUAUAUAACCAAUAAAUAUUAGCAUAUUAGCUGAGUUAGAGCAGGCAAUGCUGUAAAUAUAGAUUGGUACUAUUUUCUUGAACUACAGAUUUAAAAAACAUUCUGUAGGUUUUUGCACUUGUCUUUCUAUUUUGAAUUGUAUGGCGCAUGAAUAUAAACUAAACAGUUUUUAAUUUAAAAUUUAAAUUUACUAUAAUAUUUUACAACAUGUUGCGAUAAUAUAAAAAUAGAAUCCAAUGUGAUUUGAAUUAAAUUAACCUUCUUCAAAGAGUCAUAUAACUGUAUAGAGUUUAGCCUAGUAGUAUUCUAUAAAUGCAUUUUUUAUGUAAGAGUAUUUUUAAUAAUUCAGAUAUAUAUUUUUAUAAAAGUCAACAUUUAGUGCAUUCAACAUUUGAUUUCCCCAAGCAUUAAUCGAACAUUUUACCACAUUUGUGCGCCAUUAAAUUCGAAAUAGCGAAUAGAGCAUUGCAAACCUUUCGAUUUGUCUGCAAAUUAACUUAAUCCACAAGCACUGCUAAUAACUAAACUACACA